AUGGAAAAAGUACAUGCGCCCCCUGCAGGGGGCACUUUUGACCUCGACAUGGUCAAGGUCCGAUCCGACAUUGAUGUUCGCGAUGUGGACAUUGGUCAAGUCCUGGAGACACAUGCAACUCCUGAGCAGGAAAGAAAGGUUCUCUGGAAACUUGAUCUCUAUUUGAUUCCCCUUAUGGGAUUCUGUUACAUGCUUCAAUACAUGGAUAAGCUAGCCCUUAGCCAAGCUACUUUGUUUAACCUGACAGAGGACUUGCAUCUCAAGGGCAAAGAAUACAACUGGGCGUCCGCAGUCUUUUACUUUGGAUACUUCGCCUGGAGUUGGCCCAGUUCCUACCUCAUCGUUCGACUCCCCCUUGGAAAAUAUUUGAGUGUCGCUGUGUUCCUUUGGGGUGGCAUUCUCAUGUGCCAUGCUGCUUGCACCUCUUUCAGCGGCUUGAUGGCAGCUCGAUUCUUCCUCGGAGUCGGAGAGGCCUCGAUUGCCCCUGGCUUUGCCCUUAUCACCGGAAUGUUCUAUAAAAGAGAAGAGCAGCCAUCCCGACAGGCAGCGUGGUUCAUCGGAAACUCCAUCGCCUCAGUGAUUGGUGGCUUGGUUGCGUACGGAAUUGGAUUGAUCCAUAAUAACACACUGUACAGCUGGCAACUACUUUUCUUGGUUCUAGGCACUAUCACCUCUGGUUACGGAUUGAUUCUUUUUGCUUUCCUUCCUGACUCGCCUGCCAAGGUGAUGUUCUUCAACAAAACCGAGAAAUCAAUUGCUCUACAGCGAACUCUCCGGAACAAAACUGGCGUGAUGGAUACGGGGAAAUUCAGAUGGGGCCAGGUCCUCAUGGCCAUUAAGGACCCUCAAACUUGGUUUCUCGUUCUUUACACAUUGUGUGUUAACUUCUGCAACGGUGGAAUUACCAGUUUCUCGUCUAUCAUCAUUGCUGGGUUUGGGUUCUCAAACCUCAAGGCUCUUUUGAUUCAAAUGCCCCUUGGAGCUGCUCAGCUUGUUUUCCUUCUUUUGACUUCUGGCUUUGCCACUGUUGUCAAACAAACCCGAAUCUUCAUGAUGACUUUGAACGCACUCGUCUCGGUGAUUGGAAUGAUUCUCAUCUGGAAACUUGACCCUCAUAAUCGCGCAGGCAGAAUGACUGGUCUUUGCUUGGGUGCAGUCUUUGCUGCUAAUAUUCCUCUUUCACUGAGUCUUAUCAGUUCAAAUGUCGCUGGCUUUACCAAGAAGAGUACUGUUAGUGCGUUGAUGUUUGUGGCGUAUUGUGUGGGUAACAUUGUGGGCCCUCAAUUCUUCAUCCCGUCGGAGAAGCCUGGCUAUCCCACUGGUAUCAAGGCCUCCAUGUCCGGCUUGGUUCUUGGAAUAUUCUUCUUGAUCUGCCUCUACGUAUAUUACAUGUGGGAGAAUCGUCGCCGGGACCAGCUGUACGGAUCUCCGAGGCAGUUGACCGAAGCAGAGGAAUUACAAGACGAGCUGUCCAACAAGACAGAUCGGGAGAUAGAAAGCUUCAGAUAUGUUUUGUAA